AUGUUUCACAAGUGCAGGUUGUGUUUGAAAAUAGGCGAAUUCUGUUCUAUAUUUGAAAAAGAUGGUACUAUUAAACUAUCAGAAAUGGUUAUGUCUUUUGCUGAUGUUAAGAUACAUGAGGGGGAUGGAUUUUCGGACCGUGUUUGCACUACAUGCAUAGAAAACUUAAGUACAUCUUAUUUAUUUAAACAACAAUGUGAACGGAUCGAUGGCUUAUUACGAAAAUAUCCAGAAAUAGAAAUUGACAAAUCAGCUACAACCGACUAUAAUGACUUUUGUGAAAAGGAGUUUCUUAUGCACUCAGAAUAUGUGUCUGCUGAAGGAGAUAAUGAUGAUAAUGCCUUCAAAGAUUUAUCACAAAAUUCUUAUCACUCCAUCAGUGAUGAGACUGAUAGUGAUAUGGAAUCAAUAAAAUGUGUGUACUGUAGUCAGUCAUAUGGACAUUAUGGAGCUCAUACCUGUAAUGUUACAUGCACAAUUGAAAAUAACCAACUACAACGAUCUAGUAGUAAUGAGACAUUAGUUGCCUCAGAUAUGAGACAGAAUAAUCGAAAGUUAGAACCUCUACAGCCUUCUAACUUUGAUAUACCUGAGUAUGUGCGAGUAUCUUGUGUCCUCUGCGAUGAAAUGUACGAUCAAUAUGAUGAAUACGUGGUACAUUUGAAUAGAUGCACUAUCAAUGUGAAACUGCAUCACUUUGUAUGUCCUGUCUGUCACGAGCUGUUUACUGCAAAAUUGGCAUAUUUGGAGCAUUUGAAAGUUAUACAUUUUAAACUUGAUCACAACUUGAGCAAUAUUGACGGCGAUAAUCUUGAUCACAACAUAAGUCAUUAUAGCAGUUUUUCACAUAACACAAGUGAUGGUGGAGUGGAUUGUGUUGAUUUUGCUCCAAUGAUAGAAAAGACGAGUAAACCUAAAGCAGUUAGAAGGCAAAUUGGAUGGUCAAUUGAAGAUAUCUAUCAAGAGAUUGAGUGCAAAAAGGUUGAUGAGAAACCGGUAACCUCCAGUCCUAUUAAAAAUUUCUUUGCAAAACUAGGGAAUGAAUCAUUGAGCAGACAGAGUACCCCAAAAAAAGUGAGUUUUAAAAAGUUCAUUGAAAAUGGAAAAGCAAAGACUGCGGUCUAUAUACCGUUCCGGAAGAUUAUUCAAAACUAUAAGGAGAAGAAAAAGGCUAGCUAUGUUCCAAUCGUGAACUCAAAGACACAGGUUGUGAGCACGAUCCAGGCAACUUUUCCGGAAACAGUUUCAGAUAGCGACUACGGGUCACCAAGCGGCACAUCUGAGGAAUCUUGGAAAAUGAAGCAGAAUUUAAUAUGCGCUUGCGAUAAAAAAAUAUUCAUGCUCUCGGAGUUUAUCCACGAUCGUGAUAGAAUCACAGCUAUGAUAAAUGAGCUGGGUGGAGUCGUGGCUGAGAACACAAAAAUGGAGAUGCUGGCAACCCACUUUGUAUCAGUGCUACCCAAUGAUACCUUCACUGGUAUGAUGGUUUGCUCCCUAUCGACUGGCAAAUGGUUGCUACAUAUCAGCUUUAUAUAUGAUAGCUUUAGAUGCAAGAAAUUUUUGCAGGAAAAUAUGUACGAAUGGUUGAAACAUCCCAAAAUUGUAGAGAUCGAUAACACAAGUGUUGAAGUAGCGAAGGCAGCUGUUUAUUGGCAUUUGGAACUGCAGAGUAAGACGAAGAAGUUCCCUUUCGAGGGCAAACAAAUUGUUCUUAUUAUGAAGAAGAAAUAUCGUCAAUAUUAUCACAUGAUAUUCAAAACGUUGAAGGCAAAGCCUCUUACUUAUGAUCCCAGGACACCGGGUAGUUGCUGCUCUGCGGACUAUUGUUUUGUGGAUAUGAAGAUCAUUGAAAGAGUCAAGUUGAGAUUUUUCUUCCAUCACAACGUUCCCGUGUUUCCCUAUCAAUAUAUACUUGUAUAUCUACUGAAAAGGGGUCGUGUCGACGAUGAACAUAAGUAUUUACUGCAAGACUGCAGUAAGAUCAAAGAGAAGGAUUACUUUUUGAACAAUACAUGUUAA